CAGGGAAAACCUGCAUGAAAAUGGUUGCGAAACAAAUUAUUUCUGGAAAGCAUCGAAAAUUAAUUUAUAAGCAGGUGGACAUUAACUUUAGUUUAUUCCGGGGAAUGACAAAACCUGCAGGCUGAAAUGUCAUUGUGUUUACUCCCAUUGUUCAUAAGUAUAUUACGAUGGAGCAUAAACUGCCGUUCCUGUCCUCCUUGCAGCAGAUGGUUUUCAAAUACUAGUGUAUUGCAAGCUCAAGUUUUCCGUCAGCUCCAGAAUAGAACAAGCUACUCGCUUCUGAAGUUUGGACCAUGAUUCUACGUUUUAUUUUGAUGUCUUUGACUUCCUCAUCUUUGGUGAAUUCUACAUUUCGUGACGAUAUACGCAGCUCCAUAACGCAUCGCUGGACCUUUGACGGGCCGUUCCCGUACAAGGAUCGCGUGACCGGGCAGGAAACAAUGCUUAUUCCCAGAACCGCGCAGCCAUUAAAGAACAUAGACUAUCUUCAUCUACCUAGCCACUCCGCCUUAAUUUUAGGAUCCUUCACGGAUAGUUGCCUUACGAAUAUGCCAGUUUGUAAUUCUGGGUAUUCUCUGGCAUUCUGGAUAAAAGUAACGUCAAAUGCGACUCUUCGUCAAAUUUUUCUCGGCACUUCAAGAAAUAAUUUCGAAGGUAUUUUUGUGUACCAAACGGAAGCGAUCCGAACUGAAAGGAGGGUUAUCGUGGAGUUCCUCUUCAACGGAAGCAGCUGGAGGGUGCCCCUGAAAAUUCGACAGGAGAUUUGGGACUUUAUUGUGGCAACUUGGAAUAGUACAAAUGGUCGCUUGGUUGCUUACUUGAAUGGCGAGUUGGUUAACUCGUCCGUAGCUGGAAAUAAGAGUGAUGUUUCGAAACUUGUCAAACUCAGAAGAAACUUCUCAGAGCAGGUCCCACGCGCGUCAUUGUACUUAGAGAGCGGGGCGUUGUACGAUCAAUUUAAGACAACAAAUAGAUCACUUAAUGCCUAUGAAGUGAAGAGAACAUUUGAAUUGCAAAUGAAUGACCUUUCACAAAUAAAAUGUACUGCUACAAAUACGACGUUGAACAUAACGUGGCAAGCUGUUAAGAAAAAUGUAUUUAAGAAUGAAAUUCAGGGGUACAGAUUAACAGUCUGGAGUAUUUUAAAUAAGAUUGAGAUUAUAAAGCAGAAGAAUCUCAGUCAUUCAUCUAAUCACUAUUUCCUUCAGAAUCUCGUACCGUACUCCUCAUACAAGGUUCGUCUUUGGGACAGCAAUGUCAGAAAACGUCUUGGAGGUCUUAUUUGUGGAGUGCCUUCAAAGGUUCGUAACUUGACCAUAACAGCACACAAUUCGACUGCCCUUUUGGUGGAAUGGUCUCCACCAGCCAGGAAGAAUGGAAUACUCCAAGGUUAUCACAUCAUUCUGUCUAUGAUGAGAAAAGAGAGAUACAGGGUCAGCACCACAGUCAAAGAUGCUGAAAAAUACCUCGCAGCGCAUCUAAUGGCUGAUACUGAAUUUGCAAUAACAGUGCAAGGUUUUACAACAACAGGAAGUGGUCCGCCGUCUUGCAAGAUUGCUAAAACCAAUAACAUACCAAAUGUCACGGCGCCGAAAAACAUUACUGCGUUUCCUGUGAGUUGGCACACAAUUGAGGUCACCUGGACACCGCUUGAUCGAAAAGAGGAAGUGACGUCAUACGAAGUAGAAUACUGUUCAUUCAUCAAUUGCAGCUCUAUGCAAGUUCAGGGUAGCUCUGUAGUGGUGAAAGGACUUACUCAAUACACGUCUUAUACAGUUAAGGUGCGAGGUCGUAACGCACAGAACGCAGGUCCGUGGAUUUCCACAGAUGUCAAAACGUUAGAUUUGGACGAGUGCAGCGGUCGACAUCGAUGUAACGAGAAUGCUUUCUGCAUAAAUACAGCAGGCUCGUACGAAUGCAGGUGCAAAUCAGGACUUUCUGGUGAUGGAUAUUGGUGUGAAGUUGCUCCAACUGGAAGCCCUGAUGAUGACUUCUGUAAAGAGGAGCUUUUCAGAAAUAUCACCUGGAUGCGAACGCCCAAAGGAAAAACCAUAGAAAGACAUUGUCCGUAUGGGUUCUUGGGAAAGGCCUUCCGUACCUGUUCAGCAGAAGACAACGCGUCUUGGCAGAAACCAGAUUUAACCAAAUGCCUCUCAAAACGUUUCAAGAAGCUCCAAUUUGAGAUGGAAUCGGGAACGAGCGAUCCCGUUUCACUGGCCAAAAACCUGUCGGAAAUUUCGAAGCCUGUAGAUAAUGAGCUCAUGGUUAGUGGAGAUUUAUAUACUGCUGUCGACAUGCUUAAGAAGCUGGACCAGAGGACUUCAAAAAACGAAACAGUGAGCAAGGAGGAAGUUGAUUCGUUUAUGAAGGACGUUGUUAAUGUAGCAAAUAACCUUCUUGGUGAAAAAGCUAUCGAAGCUUGGCAGGAUUCGCCUACGAAAUCUCGUUCAGACGAAGCUUCCAAACUCCUGACCUCCAUUGAGAAUAUAGCCUUGAUGGCUGCUUCCGUAUCAAACAGUAGAAAUAUCUCCAAUGUGGCAACAUCCAAUGUCGUUUUAAGGUUUCGUUCAUUUGGAACUGAAAAUUUACCUAAACGGGUGGCCUUCUCUGCGGUGGAUGAUGGACCCGGAAGCAGAAUAGAGAUGCCAGUAUCAGAGUUACUUAGGGAAUCAAACAGGACUGAUUUAGAAAGAAUCAAUCACAUCGCUUUUAUCUACUUUAAAAACAUCGCACAUUUGUUGACUACCUCGAGCUCAAGCACUAACAUUAGUGGAGAGGAGGUUAAAGGCAAUACCAUUGUUAACACUACUGGUGUUAUCUCGCUGUCCACCAAUCCUAAGAUACCCGGAACCUUUGAGGAGCCUGUGGUGAUUACACUACAAUACGACGAGAGUCAAGGAGGGCUACAACCGUCUUGUGUGUUCUGGAAAAUUUCAGAAAAUGGAGGCUUGUGGUCCAAAGAAGGUUGUAAUGUACACUUCACCAACGCUACCCACACUAUUUGCCAUUGUUAUCACUUAACAAGUUUCAGUGUCCUGAUGCAGUACACACCGGAGCCCACCCCGAUUGUGGAUACUCACGAACUUGCAUUGAGUCUCAUAACAUAUAUUGGGAUAAGCAUAUCACUGAUCGCAUUGGUGUUAGCUCUUAUGACGUUCUGCUCAUUUGCGUUCUUACGAUCGAAUCGAAAUUUUGCUCAUACCAAUCUGGUAUUAUCCCUUAUCUUGGCUGAGUUACUGUUUGUUGUUGGCAUUGAUAAGACACAGUAUGAGACUGGCUGCUUUGUCAUUGCCGUGUUUCUUCAUUAUCUGUUUCUUGUUGCAUUUUGCUGGAUGGCAAGCGAAGGCGUAAUUCUUUAUCUGAUGUUAGUUAAAGUUCUCCCCACCUCAGGUGAAGGUCCCAAGAAAAAACACUUCUUUAUCUGCUCCUGGGGAAUUCCCACUAUUCCCGUGGUUACAGCUAUUGUCGUAAAUCGUGAGGGCUACACAACGGAUAGACACUGCUGGUUGUCGGUUGAAGAUGGUUUCAUAUGGAGUUUUGUCAGCCCUGUUUUAUUAACAUGUUUGGUGAAUCUAGGGUUUCUGGGAAUGACAUUUAAGGCAAUGGUGGCUCGUUCUACUCAACAACCUUCACGUAAUCCUCCACAAAUGCGGUAUUGGGCCAAGGCAUGUGCAGUGUUAACCUGUCUGUUAGGCACGACCUGGUUGCUUGGACUGUUUCUCGUGGGGGGAGCGACAGUUGUCACGGCAUAUCUUUUCAAUAUUUUUAACGUCUUGCAGGGACUGUUCAUCUUUAUUUUUCAUUGCUUAGCCGAUGAAAGGAUUCGCACAGAAUACAAACGAAUCAUUUUCUGUCAUGGAAGUCGAAGGGAUUACAUUCGGAAAAGAACGAUUGCGAGAACUAGACAUUGCAAAUCUCCCUCUACUAUAACAACAAGAAUUGUCGAGAAGAAAGCCAGAGAAUCGGAAGAGAAGAGGAUCUCCCACGGUGAUGAUACUGUAACAGUAGAGACACGCAGUAUCCCUAGAGUCAGUAGAGUUAUGUUUGCUGAUCAAGAUUUAAUCGAGGGCUUGGACUGCAACCUGCAAAUCCCAUCAUUGUCAAAGGCCAGCGAGGAAAAUGCAGAUGAGUGCUCAAAAACAUGCCAGGAUAACAACGUUAGCGAAAGCGAUGAAGGAGAAAGCGAAUACCAUGACGACGAAAGUGCUGAGUCUGAUGACGUUUUCUUUGAAGAUAUAUCUUCGAGCUUGAUCAACAUUCGCAAGGGGAAGGUGAAUAGUACCAAGCAUUCGACCAUUUCUAAUCCAUUUGAAAAGAAGCUCAUUUGCGUUUCAGACUUGGACUACACCCCCUAUUACAGUCAGAGAGAAGAACUGUCACACGACAAUGAACAGAAUGAAAUGAAGAAGUCGUCAUAUCAGCGCUGUCACGGAAGUUGGCGCGUGGUUAAUUUGACCAAUCACGAUUCAAUGCAGCAAAUUAAGAAAGUACGUGUAGAGGAUGAAAAUGAGUCGCUCGAUUUUUCGGCUGAUUUCGAUCUCGAGUCCAAUUAUCAAAUGCAAUACACUUCUACAACGCGACGAGUUUAUCGGUAUAGUCAAGAUUCACGUGUCUUAACUUCCACUAGGCCUGCGCAAAUCGCACUAAGUGAGAGUAGUGUCAUAAGCAGUGACUUCAGAAUGAGUAUUUCAACAUUCGAGAAUGGCAAUUCAGAGCUGGAAGACGAUUCCGGGUCUGUUUUUGAAGAAGUAGGGUUUGCAACAAACGACAAAGCAAGUGAUAACGAAACAUGAAUCUGUUACUAACUGAGAUCUUUAUUGGAUGACCUCGAUACGAAUUGCUUUAACGCUUGACUUUACCACAAAAAUGUUAUUUCCCUAAAGGAAACGUUUCUGAGAUGUUCGGGUAAGUAAAUGGCCGACAACCAUUAUUUUACCUUGAACUCAAAUAAGAUGCAUAACAACGAACAACGGACUGUAUGGAGCUUGCAUGAACACUUGGGAGGCACGUGUCGAAUGAUGUCUCAUUGAUAUAUCCGUCGUUCAUCUGAGUUACUCCUACCACCAUCAUUAAUGUACGUAAUAAUCGUAAUUAUUUAGAUAAAAAAAAGAAUAAAUGCAAUAAUGCCAUGGCUACUCACAUAGAGUAGAUGUACUAGGUUGGAAUAAUUCACACCACAUUGUGCAUUAACAACAAAGCAAAGCAUUACAGAACUCCACGGAAAGAGAGUUAGAAAUAGUUAACACUAAAUAGACUAUAUUUCCAUAACUAAAAGCGAGAGCUGUACUGAGAGAAUAUCGACGCUGUAUAAUUCCUUUAUAGUGUGGAAUAGCGAAGUCGGUGUCUUAUCGGUCAGUCCUCUCUCAGGCAUCUUUAUUGUAUAGAAUCUAUCAAGAAAACCCGACAAAUAGGAGGGUGUAAUGAAACUCGCUAAAUAUUCGUAGUUGUGGAUAAAGGCAUCCACCACGAUUUUCUUAUUUUCUUUCAGUCAGAUAAAUUUGUCCAAAACUUGGUAUAGUUAUUUAGUUUUUUUUCUUUUCUUUCAGUCAAAUAAAUAUGUCCAAAACUUAUUAUGAUUAUUUAGCUAUAGAAUGGUAAUUGAGUGCAGCAAACAAGAAAGAAAGGAACUAUUUUAGGACUAAAAUCUAUAGUUCUUAUCUUGCAAAUGACAGUGCCAGUCACUGCGUCUAUUUCUCUAAGAAAGAAACACAUAAUAUAAAUUUUACAACUAGAAUAAAAGUAGAAAACAAUAGUAAACUUUACUACAUUUUGUCGUAGACAGUUCCGUCAACUUACGGGGAACAUUGCAAGCCAGUAAAAUACAUUCUCCUCGGCCAUCAAGCUAACCUUGAGGGUACACUUUAAUUCAGUUUAAAUAAACACUUAAUUAUUUAUCUAUUUUGCUAUUAAGUUCAAAAUCGCGAUUAAAUGGCAUAAUUAUAAAACUGUGGAGGAACCAGUUCAUGGCUAGACUAAAGGUCUAUUCAAAAAAACAAAAACAAAAACAAAAAACUAAGAAAAUGAUUCAAAGCUAAGAAAUCGUAGGUUUGAAGUACGUUUCUGUUGUGGAAAAAAAAUAUAAUAAAAUAUUUCAUUAUUUCGCCGAA